AUGAGAAAACAUUCUAUUUCAAGUGAUGAGAAAAAAGAAAGACAAGAACAAGGUGCUCCUUUAUUAAAAAAGAAAAAGCCUAUCAACCAAGCAUUGGAUAUUGAUGGAAAUUAUGUAGAAACCGCUGAUAAUAGUGACAACUCAGCGGAUGUUGACUCACAUUCAUUAACUUCAACUGCAUCUAUAUCAACAAUAGUUUCUGCGGAAUCUUUCGACGAUGAACCCAUGCCUUCAACUUCAAGUUAUUCGGGCAAGUCCUCCAUGACUUUGUCACGCCAAUCAACAAUAACUGAAUCAUUCUCAAAUAUAAAAUCAUUCUCAGAUGGAGGUACAAAAGCUGGAAAAAUUACUAAUGCAAUUACAUUCAUGAUAGCAAAAGACAACUUACCAUUGAAUACUACGGAAAAGGAGGGAUUUAAAUAUUUAAUGAAGACUAUUGCUCCGAUGUACCAAAUACCUGGACGCAAAAAGGUGGCCAGUCUAAUUGAAGAAAAAUAUGACUUAUUAUCAGCGGCUGACGAACUCAGGAAAGCACAGCCAGCUGAAAAUAUUUUAAAAUUAAUUCAAUCUGUUCCAAUUAGAUGGAAUUCAAAGUUUUAUAUGCUAGAACGAUUUUUAAAAUUAUACGAAUGUAUAGCACCAAUAUUAUUAAAAAAUCCGAAGUCUCCAGCUAUAAUUGAUGCAUCUGACUUAGAGGUAAUAAAAGAGGUAUUGACAAUUUUAUCACCUAUUGAGGCAGUAUCUAAAGAAAUGUGCGGAGAAAAUUACUUGACAUCUAGUAAAAUAAUUUCUGUAGUUAAUUGUCUAAUAAAACGGAUUGAGACCUUGUCUCCUUCAACUGAAGAAGUACUUGCUCUAAAGCCAUCAACCUCAAAUGAAAUGUAUAAACGCUUUGGAGCUAUAGAACAAAAAUUAGCCAUGAAAUAUGCAGAAGAAAAAGAUGAUGUAAGAAGUGACCUUGACUUUGAAUUUAAAAUGUAUUUAAACACGCCAACAAUACCUCUAGCAUCAGAUCCGUUUGUUUACUGGAACACCUACACUUCAGAUUCAUUAAGAGAACUAGCUAAACAAUAUUUGUCAGUUGUUGGAACAUCAGUACCCUGCGAAAGGCUGUUUUCCAAAGCUGGAAAUAUUAUUACCCCUAGUCGUAACAGAAUUAGUUCAGAAAUGUUAACAAAAUUAUUAUUUUUAUAUUCAUUGAACUAUGAGGACUAG